UGCUCGCUGCACUCGCGAACGGGCGGCGAGCGGAAGGAGCGCACGAUCUCGGUCGCCAGCCUCCCGCCGGACGCGCGGGCGCGGCGAGGCGCGGGUGGGAAGGUGGUUGUUCUGCCGGCACCCUAACCCGGCUCUGCCCCGGGACCACUCCCAGGAAAACUCCGCGGUGGGGAGGCGCCCGCGACCCCACCCCGGCCUGCGCGGGCGGCGCGCGGAGGGAGGGGCGGACUGGUCUUCCUCAGCCCAGCCCGGGCCGGAGCCGAGCGGUGCGCGGCGGCGCAGGCGGCGGCCGGCGGCCGGGGGUAUCUUCUGAGCUCCUACUGUGUGCCAGACUGUUGGAGGAACUGGCAACUUGGAGCACAGUUCUUCCCCCGAGGGCCUCACAGUCUGGAGGGAGAGACAGACAGACAAGUAAACAGCCAGUGGAUGAUGGAGGGACGCUGAGGCACCAGAGGAAGGAGCCCAGGAGAGGCCUGGAGGGCGGCAUCAACUAGAGUUGAAGGGACUCACCUCACUCAAAGAGAGAGGCUCUGCAGACUCAUCAUUUUCAAGCUUUUAUAGCUGCGACUCAAGGGCAAAAAUGCACGAUUUUGCAUCACAUCCAUCUGUACACAGGGCUGCCCCGAUGGGGCAUGGCAAUGAGUGAGCAGACCGAGCGCCAGUGGACAAGGAUGGACAGCCGCACCCAGGAGGGCAGGAAAUGGUGCCCACCCAUCCCCGCAUAGAAUGACUGCCCAGGGAGAGUGGUUCCCCGGGCCCUGGCAGGGCUGCUGACGCUCAGCCUGCAAACCGCUAAGAGCACAAGGACUCCAGACUCUUCCUGUGGAUGGUCCCCUGCCCUGCAGCUCCACCAUGAGGCUGCUUGUGGCCCCCCUCUUGCUAGCUUGGGUGGCUGGUGCCAUUGCCACUGUGCCCGUGGUACCUUGGCACGUGCCCUGCCCCCCUCGGUGUGCCUGCCAGAUCCGGCCCUGGUAUACACCCCUAUCGUCCUACCGCGAGGCCACCACCGUGGACUGCAAUGACCUAUUCCUGACAGCUGUGCCCCCGGCGCUGCCCGCAGGCACGCAGACCCUGCUGCUACAGAGCAACGGCAUCGUCCGCGUGGACCAGAGUGAGCUCGGCUACCUGGCCAAUCUCACAGAGCUGGACCUGUCCCAGAACAGCUUUUCAGACACCCGAGACUGUGAUUUCCGUGCCCUGCCCCAGCUGCUGAGCCUGCACCUGGAGGAGAACCAGCUGACCCGGCUGGAGGACCACAGCUUUGCAGGGCUGGCCAGCCUUCAGGAACUCUAUCUCAACCACAACCAGCUCUACCGCAUCGCCCCGAGGGCCUUCGCCGGCCUCAGCAACCUGCUGCGGCUACACCUCAACUCCAACCUGCUGAGGGCCGUGGACAGCCGCUGGUUCGAGAUGCUGCCCAGCCUGGAGAUCCUCAUGAUCGGCGGCAACAAAGUGGACGCCAUCUUGGACAUGAACUUCCGGCCCCUGGCCAACCUGCGCAGCCUGGUGCUCGCGGGCAUGAACCUGCGGGAGAUCUCUGACUACGCCCUGGAGGGGCUUCAAAGCCUGGAGAGCCUCUCCUUCUAUGACAACCUGCUGGCCCGGGUACCCCGGCGGGCGCUGGAGCAGGUGCCUGGGCUCAAGUUCCUAGACCUGAACAAGAACCCGCUCCAGCGGGUGGGGCCCGGGGACUUUGCCAACAUGUUGCACCUCAAGGAGCUGGGGCUGAACAACAUGGAGGAACUGGUUUCCAUUGACAAGUUUGCCCUGGUCAACCUCCCUGAGCUGACCAAGCUGGACAUCACCAACAACCCCCGGCUGUCCUUCAUCCACCCCCGCGCCUUCCAUCACCUGCCCCAGAUGGAGACCCUCAUGCUCAACAACAAUGCUCUCAGUGCCUUGCACCAGCAGACAGUGGAGUCCCUGCCCAACCUGCAGGAGGUGGGUCUCCAUGGCAACCCCAUCCGCUGUGACUGUGUCAUCCGCUGGGCCAAUGCCACGGGCACCCACGUCCGCUUCAUCGAGCCUCAGUCCACCCUGUGUGCCGAGCCACCAGACCUCCAGCGCCGCCCAGUGCGGGAGGUGCCCUUCCGGGAGAUGACGGACCACUGCCUGCCCCUCAUCUCCCCCCGCAGCUUCCCCGCCAGCCUCCAGGUGGCCAGUGGAGAGAGCCUGGUGCUGCACUGCCGGGCGCUGGCUGAACCAGAACCCGAGAUCUACUGGGUCACUCCAGCUGGGGUUCGACUGACGGCUGCCCGGGCAGGCAGGAAGUACCGGGUGUACCCUGAGGGGACCCUGGAGCUGCGGAGGGUGACAGCGGAAGAGGCAGGGCUGUACACCUGUGUGGCCCAGAACCUGGUAGGGGCUGACACUAAGACGGUUAGUGUGGUCGUUGGCCGGGCUCCCCUGCAGCCAGGCAGAGGCAAGGGAUGGGGUCUGGACCUCCAGGUGCAGGAGACUCACCCCUAUCACAUCCUGCUGUCCUGGGUCUCCCCACCCAACACAGUCUCCACCAACCUCACCUGGUCCAGUGCCUCCACCCUCCAGGGCCACAGGGCCACUGCUCUGGCCCGCCUGCCACGGGGUACCCACAGCUACAACAUCACCCGCCUCCUUCAGGCCACGGAGUACUGGGCCUGCCUGCAAGUGGCCUUUGCUGAUGCCCACACCCAGUUGGCAUGUGUAUGGGCCAGGACUAAAGAGGCCACUCCUUGUCACAGGGCCUUAGGGGACCAACCUGGGCUCAUAGCCAUCCUGGCUCUCACCAUCCUCCUGCUGGCAGCCGGGCUGGCAGCCCACCUUGGCAGUGGCCAGCCCAGGCAGGGAGUGGGUGGGCGGCCUCUCCUUCCAGCCUGGGCUUUCUGGGGCUGGAGCACCCCCUCAGCCCGGGUGGUAUCUGCACCCCUUGUCCUGCACUGGAAUCCGGGGAGGAAGCUGCCCAGGUCCUCAGAAGGGGAGACGCUGUCACCACCAUUGUCGCAAAAUUCCUGAAGCUCAGCCUGUUCUCAGCAGUAGAGAAAUAACUAGGACUACUUUUUACCAAAAGGGAAGCAAUCUGGGCCAGGUACCCUGCCCGGAAAGUAACAUGGACCCACAUACUUGAGGCCUGGCAGCUGGACCAAGACAGCCAGCUUUGUGGCCCUAGGGGAGUGCUCCUGCAGCCUCCAGAAACUGCCCUUACUUUCUGGGGGCUCCUCCGCUGCCAUUCUGAGGAGCAUCUCCAAGGAACAGGAAGGACUGUGGCUAAAGCUGCCCACCUCCCCAGUUGUCUGUGUGCCCAGAGGCUCCUGGGCCUGGAUGUCCCCUGCCUGUGUCCUCAGGCCCUUGGCCCACAGGAUGCACCCCCUCCUCUUCUCUGUCUCUGUACAGUCUCAGUUACUUGCUCUUUCCCCUUCUGGGCAAGAGCUGAAGGAGGCCUCUCCUCCCCACCUCGGGGAACUGCUCCCAAAGUGGGGCCCCAGUUGGAUGAGAAGGACAUGUGGGAGAGGGAUGCCCAGGAACGCCUCUUCCCGGCACCCUUCCGGUCUGCACUCUGAGGUUGACUUUCUAUAGGCAAUUUUGUACCUUUGUGGAGAAAUGUGUCACCUCCCCCCAGCCCAAUUCACUCUUUUCUCCUGUUUUGUAAAAAAUAAAAAUAAAUAAGAAUAACAAUAAUAAGGGGAGGGGAAGGAAACAAAAGAAAAAUAAUCCUUUGAAUACUGAGUAUAACUAAAGAGCUCUCUGCUCUGAAUCUCUUCAAAGCCUGAGGGUGACAGAAAGAGGGGCUGGAUUGGGAGAGGAGGGAGAGGAGAGAGAGGAACGUGGUGCUCGAGAGCACAGGUUUUCCCUUUAGGUUUGAAUUCUGACCUGCCAGGCGCCUCUGGGCCUGCUCCCCAAAAGGCCUGGAGACCUGGAGAAGAGGGACAAAGAGCAGGAGAGGCUGACGAGAGAGGAAAGAAGAGACAAGGAGAGGGUGGGAGAGGGAAAUGGAGGAAAACCUGGAGAUGGAGAGAGUGGAAAUUUCCAUCACCCAAUGUUGUCACCCCUUCUCUUUCUGUGAUAAGCAAUUAACAUGCCAGUGCAUAGGAAGCACUUCCCAUCCUAUUUCUAAUUAAACAAACCCAAGAGGCAGAGUCAUGCAGAGAAUUGCAGAUCAUCAAGACAGCAAGAACUUGG